UCGCGGUCAGCAAUCAUGGCGGACGCCGAAGCCACGCUCACGACACUCCUCCGAGAAAUAGCCGACGAACAACAAUACAAAAACUACGACCUGCAACUGAAAGCGUUCAACACUGGAGGCGCAAACUACACUUCAGUGCUUUUCUACAUCACAGUAUCUGCACCAGGGAAAGAGGAUUUGAAACUGUUCGCUAAAGUCGCGAGCGUCGGUGAGAAGUUCCGAUCUAUGGGCUACGUGGACCGAAUGUAUGUCUCCGAGCAAGAAUUUUAUAAUGCCGUCAUGAAAGUUUGGAACGGACUGCAAGAGAAAUAUGACAUAGCAGACAUAGAUAGAUACGUGUUUCCGAAAUUCUACGGGGGCAACCCUGAAUUCGGGAAGGAGACAGUGGUUUUGGAGAACCUGAUAGCUCAGGGGUAUAAUACGUAUAACAGAUUCAAGGGUGUGGAUUGGGAGUAUGCAGCGAAAGCUAUUGAGAUCCUCGCGAAGUUCCACGCGUUAUCGUUCAUCCAUCAGAAAGCGAAUCCUGAUGAAUACGAGAAGAUCGCGGAGAAACUGAAGUUUGAGUCGCCUCCUGACGAUGAGGCUAUUUCGGAAUUAUGGGCGAAGAUGAUCGAACAACCGAUACAAGUUUUAGACGAAGAGGGACAGAAGAAAGUGCGCAAUUUCUUCAAUGGUGUCAACCUGAGGGAUUUGUACCUGAAAUAUAACACGCCAAGAAAACAUAAGAUCUUGAUCCAUGGCGACUAUAGGCCGAGCAAUCUGUUGCAUAAAGAGCAUAAUGGUCACCUCUUCGUCAUACCCGUGGACUAUCAGACAGUCCACACUGGAUGCCCGGUCAUAGACCUCAUCUACUUCAUCUCCCUGGCCACGGACGUGGGCUUCCGAGCUUGGCACUGGGAUCGGCUGCUCGCCCACUACUACGACCAGCUCAGCUUGGCACUGACCAGGUUUAAGAUGGACCCCACUGAGGUUUACCCCAAGGAAGAGUUCGAUGAAGACUUGAAAGAGAUGUUCCCCUACGCCCUCCUGGUCGGCGUGAUGGUGCUUCCCGUGGUGACAGUGGAGUCCGAGAACGCCCCUCAGAUGUCGGAUGACACGGACAUAGACGCGUUCGUCUUGAAGCCGAACGAAAUAUUCGCAGACAGGUUCGCGGGUCUCGUCAGGGACCUGAUUAAACGGGACAUUAUUUGAAAAUGGGUGACGACAAUAAACAAAAUAAACAAACGUUGUAUAAAAAAAAUAAUAAGAAAUAAUAAUAAAAAUGUACAAAAUAAGAAAAAAUAGGUAGGUAAUUAGAUUUAACACAUUAAAAAUGUAAUAAAUAAUACUUAAGUGAAAAUGAAAAAAUAAUGUAGAACAUUAUUUUUAUAAUAAUAAGUAACUGGACUAAAUAUCGAUUGAUAUUAAUUGUGCCGUGUGGUUCCCGGCACCAAUACAUAAAAGAAUAGGACCACUCUUUCUCUUUCUCAUGGAUGUCGUAAAGGGCGACUGAGGGAUAGGCGUACAAACUUGGGAUUCUUUUUUAGGCGAUGGGCUAUGAACCUGUCACUAUUUGAAUCUCAAUUCUAUCAUUAUGCCAAAUAGCUGAACGUAACGUAACGCUAAAAAUAGGUAGGUAAUUAGAUUUAACACCUUAAAAAUUGAAUAAAUAAUACUUAACUGAAAAUACCGAUAGAUAUUAUUAGCAUAAGAAAAGUUAAGCACUUGUUAUGAGGGGGCUAGGUUAAAUGUGAUAAAAAAAUAUGUGAAGGAAUAUAAUUUCUAGACUUCAGCUCAAAAUGAUUUGCAGUUAUUGCUCGCAUAGAAAUUAAUAAUCUUAGCACAUAAUUGGCUAAGUAAUGUUAUCUUAACCUAAGUAUUACUUACUAUUCUUUUUCUCUUUAAAUAAAAUAGUAUUUAAACUAGACCUCUUACUUGUGAAGAUUUUUUUAAUGCUAAACUUUUCUUAGUAUGAAAAGUAAAAACUUCUCCCAUUUUUGAUAGUAAAUAUUGAUAGUAAAUAUUGAUAAUAAUCUUAACUAUUUUAGUAGUUCGAAUGUUUACAUACACAAAUUAAAUUAGAGUAGAUUCUCAACUUGGACACAUUAAAUAAAUCAAAAAUGAAUAGUCAAUUUCUUUAGAUAAUAUAAUAAAUUUAAACAUAUGAUAUACGCCUUUUUGUUGAAAAAUACAUUUCUUAAAAAGUUUUAUAGCAAAAUAAAAUAAUUAACAACUUUGUUUUCGCUUCUCAUGGCUGUAAAUUAAUUUUAAAAUAUAUUGUUUCAAAAAAAAAAAUAUAUGGAGGUUGUAUACCCCUCAUUUAAGUUAUUUUUUUCAUUUGUUCUCAGGCAUCAUUUAUGUUCAAAAUAUAACUGAAAUAUCGCAGCCCAUUUGAUGUCGUUAUGUCAUGUAGCUUGUCCAAAACAUCUUAUUUCUGUGUCUACAGAUAUAGUCUAUACAACAAAUUAUGUUGUCUCAAUAAAUAGGCCUGAAAAAACUUAUUCUUUUUGCAAAACAUUUGUAAACAGUUUUAAAUACUCGUAUGUUAAAUUAUUAUAAAUUCUAUAUUUUACUACUUAGCCCGACUCUGUGACAUUUUAUUUUUACUAUAAAAUUAUGUUAAUUUAAGUUAAUUAAAUAGUGUUGAUUUGUGUUUAUUUAGGUUAAUUAAAUAGUGUAGAUGUGCUGAAAAGUUAAGGAUUUUAUAAAAUUGAAAUGUACAGGAAUGACUUGUAUUAUAAAUUUCUUAGUAUUAAGUUAGAUUCAAGGUUUGGCCAUUUCACGCACAGUUUUAAAUAUAGUUUUAUUUACGUGUCGAUGUAUUGAAAUUUUGCUUUUUUUAUUGUGACAGGCGUAAUUCUACCUCAGUAUCUUUAGAAUGAACUCACUAGUUUUUAAGUACACGUACAAAAAUAUUGUAAUUCGUAAAAAAAUUAAACAUUUACAAAAUAAGGAAAACAAGACUGUUAUCAUAAUGCACAGACAAACAAGAAUAUGAUAACAUUACAAAUAGACAAGAAAAAUGCUUUUUAAUAAACGAUUAGGUAGUAGGAUUUUUAAGAAAAAAAACAUGUUAAAAGUUGGAAAAUCAAUUUUUAUUUGUAUGUAACGAAACGUCACUUUGAUAACCUCCUUUUUUGUCUAAAUGAACAGAGUUAAAUUGCUGAUGCAUGCAUUUAUUUAUUCACUUUACUGAAACUUGUAAAGAAAGAUAAUGUUCUAUGAAGUAAAACUGCACUUAUACUUAAUAAUCACUGCACUUAUAUAUUUGUACUCAUUGACAUUUAAUGUGUUAUAUAAAUUACAAAAUUAAUGUGAACUUAAAACAUUUGUACUAAGAUAUAUUUAAAAAAACGUUCCCGCGCCAUUCUCUUUCUUUUUAUAAUAUAUUUUUUUAUAGGUGGCCAGUUCUAACCUAUUUCAAUCUGUUGCUUAUUUCUUUCAAAGAGGUUGCGUGAUGUUAAUGUUGAUGAAAUGUUAAUGUUGAUGCAUGCAUUUAUUUAUUCACUUUACUGAAACUUGUAAAAGGAAGGUAAUGUUCUAUGAAGUAAAACUGCACUUAUUCUUAAAAAUCACUGCACUUAUAUAUUUGGACUCAUUGACUUUUAAUGUGUUAUAUACAUUACAAAAAUAUGGACUUAAACAUUUGUACUGAGCUGUAAUUUAAAAAACUUAGUUCCCGCGUCAUUCUCUUUCUUUUUUGUUUAAUAUAGAAAGUGGAAAGAGGUAGUCUCUGCCUACCCCUCCGGGAAAGAGGCGUGAUUUUAUGUAUGUAUGUAUGUAUGUAUGAACAGAGAUUGGAACCAAUCUUUUUUCAUUUAAAAUAAUAAUAAUUCUGAUUUCUGUGGCUGAAUCAGAGCAAAUGAUCUGUAAAACCACUAUGCUUGCUAUUAUAAGAAUCAAUUAUUGAUCUUUCUUCACUGACAGCUUGUCGUAGAUUUGUGACAAGAAAAACCUACCAAAUGUCUACCAGAAUAGCCUUACUUGUUAAGAUAAAAAAAGUCAAAAUUUAUAAUUAAAAGAAAUAACAAAAAAAAAUAUUAAAUUAGGUUGGCAAAUUAUAACGACGAGGAAUUAGAUAAUUUUUAUUCUCUAAGUACCUAUUAGUUAACAUAUUUCUUUUCAGUUGACCUCAAAUAUAAAAAGAGGCUGUGGGUUAUUUUUUUUUUAUAUAACUAAGAACACAUUAAUUUGUUAUCUUCUUAUUUAAAUCGCUUUUGUUAAAUAUUUUACCUGCAUGACAGUAUGAUUUGUUGAUUAAAUUAUUUUGUUUCAUUUUUA